AUGACAUCGACAAAGAAGAGAAAGCUGGAAGGCAGCGCCAGCGAAAGCGGCAACAAUACACCAAUCCUGAGUGCCUUUGCUGCGCGCCAGCAGCUAUGGGCUCAGAGUCUCGUAGUUCAGGCUCAGAAACAGCCACAGAGUGUUGACAACAGCAAGCAUGUGACAGAAAGGCGAAGCGCAACGCCGAUCUCAGCCGCCCAGGUCCUACGCAAGAGCAAACGCAAGUCUCCCGAGGACUCGCCAAUCACACCAGCUACGCCAGCCACGCCCGUAGAGACUGAAGAAGAGAAACCGUCUAAACCGUCAUCCCCCCGCGAGCUACUCCGCCAUCACUCCUCCUUCCAGCCGAACAAUUCCAACUUCCAGCGCAAGGCCGGUGGCAGGCUGGUUUUAAGCACUCCUGAUGUAGAGCGUUUUGUCAUCCUUGGCAACUACGGCGUAAAAGUUCACCAGGGCGAGGUGACCAUCGCCGGCGCGACACUGACGCCAAUCGAUGAUGUGCAGUGGGUGCACGCCCCACACUGUCAUGCUCUUCCGGUUUUGCGGACAGCCAAUGACACUGUCAUUGAGCUUUUGCCAUGUCCAACCGCCCAAGGAUUGCGUGAACUGGCCCGUCUAAAUCCGUUGUUUGGACGCUUGUGGAAUGAGACUAGCGACACUUUUCAGAUUAUAUACACCAGUGCAGAUGCCCCGAAGCGCACCUCCCUUCGCGAAUUGGCUUCUCAUCCAGCGUGGAACAAAAAAAUCUCCGAAUUGCUCACCAGCACCCGCCGUAAACCUUCCCCAAUACUCUUCAUCUGUGGCCCUAAAUCCUCCGGCAAAUCUACUUUUGGUCGACUCUUGACCAACCGUCUCAUGACCGACCGUGCGGGACACAAGUCGCGCUCCUGGAAACCUGUCAUGGUGCUCGACCUCGACCCAGGACAGCCAGAGUUCUCGCCGCCGGGCGUGGUUUCGCUGACAAAACUUAGGCGUCCGAACCUUGCACCCCCGUUUUGUCACCCGGGUCUUUCAUUUGGGGAGAAGGGUCUGGACGGCGGCAAUGAGGGGAUGACGACGGUCCGCAUGCACGCCAUCGCAUCUGUCACCCCCGCGCUAGAUCCAGCACACUUCAUAGCUUGUGCGAGAGACUUAUUCGCGUACUAUAGACGCUCUGCUUCUCAGGAAAAUAUCCCGUUGGUGGUUAACACCCCGGGCUGGAUCCAAGGUACAGGGCUUGACCUGUUGGCGGAACUGAUCGCUGUCCUGCGCCCAACGGAGGUCCUCUAUAUGUCUGAAGACGGUCCAGAAGAGACUGUCUCUGCUUUACGUGAGGCGUGUGCAUCAUCAAGCACAAUCCCAUUCACUAUGCUCCCAAGCCAGCCAAAUUCCUCUGGUGAAGGCGGCGGCGGUGGAGCAGCUUCAUGGACUCCAGCAACACUUCGCUCGAUGGCGAUGCAGUCGUACUUCCACCUCUCUCCCUUUUCCAGAGAUCAACAAGGUGGCCCUGGAUGCGAAUGGAAUCCCACACCCCUGACACACCUUUGCCCAUGGCGGGUGCGAUUGGCGGGUCGGCCGGACGAGAGGGGAGUGCUGGGGAUUGUAUGCUACGAUCACCAAUAUGCACCAGAGCUUGUUUCCGAUGCGAUCAAUGGAAUGGUGAUGGGGUUGGUCAGAAUCGAGAAAAAGGAGGCAUUGCGGGGAUUAGCAGUACCAGGAGAUACUUCCUUGUCCUUCACAUCAUCUACUUCCCAGGGCGGAUGCGAUGAUGAAUUAGACUCAGACUCCAAUUCCAGCUCUGCCCCCUCCUUUACCUCAUCUUCGCCUUCUCACCUCAAUUCUACGCCGUUAUUACCAUUGAUUCCCAACCCUACAGGCUCUCCUCUCUCCCCACAAUACACCUCCCUGGUAGGCCUAGUCCUCAUACGCGGCGUCUCCCUAACUGCUUCAAACCCCGAACUCCAUCUCCUCACUCCGGUUCCCCCCUCUGUUCUUCAUUCUUUUCGUGGAGAUGAACUCGUCUUGGUGGCGGGCAAGUUUGACGCUCCGACUUGGGCUUAUGUCGAGGGGCUUUAUUGGAAAAGUAACAGCAAGGCCGCUAAACGGGUCGAUGAAGAGAGGGAAGACGAGGAUAGAGAGGAAAGUGGGGGUGUGGAGGAGGAGGAGGAACAAGACGAGGUUCCAUGGGUAGAGAUGUUGCACGGGAGUGCAGGGAGGGAUGUGGGGAGUCGAGUGUGGAGGGUUAGGAGAGAUUUGGGAAGGAGUUAG